AUGAAAGAUACUUUCGACGAGCACGUCGCCAUUUUCUGGGAUUAUGAAAAUUGUACCCCUCCGUGUAACGUACCCGGCUACGACGUAGUCAACAACAUUCGCCAAGUGGCCCACCAGUACGGCAGCGUCAAGCUGUUCAAGGCGUACUUGGAGCUGUCCGAGCAGUCGUCUUCGAAGUCCAUCGGUCUCCGUUCAGAGCUGCAGUCAUGCGGUGUUUCUCUGACUGACUGUCCGCACAACGGACGAAAAGACGUUGCAGACAAGAUGAUGAUUGUCGACAUGCUCACAUACGCAAUCGACAACCCCGCACCGGCUACGGUCGUGCUCAUUUCUGGGGACCGCGAUUUCGUCUACGCCGUCUCUGUGCUGCGUCUGCGCAGGUAUCGCGUAGUCGUCGUCGCCCCCUACACCGCCCAUGCGAGCCUCAAAUCCCAAGCGUCCGCCGUGCUGGACUGGGAGGCGGAUAUCAUGCGGAGGACGUCCGUGCGCCCUCAGGCGCCUGAGCCGUACUACCAAGCGCCUCUGGAUGACGCUGUGCACCGCUCUCCCAGACGCCCACCCGCGAAUCUGGCGUAUGGGGGCACGAUGCCGUCGGUCAUCCCGAAGACAUUUCGUGACCGUCGUCCCUCCUUGAGAGCUGCAGCGACUGCCCCAGCGGCUGGUCCGGAGGGGAGCAUCGGGCUACCCAACGGUGGUGUACCGUUGUGGCAAGGCCGGCACUUUAGGGCCGCCUCAGCGGCCACAGUUGACGGAACUCUGCGCUCUGAUGUUCCGAACCCAGCGGACCGCUCUUUAUACCGUGGAGCUGUGCGUCAGAGCGCGUUCCCGUCAUUGAUCGGGUACGACGACGACGGAGACGAAGAUGUGCUGGCCGAUCGGCAGCCAAUCCCAGAUAUCCUCAACGUGAUAGAGGAUCUGCAGGAAACGAUGAGUCGAGGCACUCCUGCGCACAGUCAGCUUGAGAUGCCUUCCGCUGUACCGACGGCGCCGCCAUUCCGGACAACCUCUCGCUACAAGCAGACCACCGUAGAAGAUGAAUCGGAAACCGCUGCCACUCCCCCUUCGAUCGAACCUCGUCCCGACAUAACUGAUGUCAUGCAAGCAUCAGAUAUGUCCGCAGAGCGGAUUAGCUCUUCUUUGCCUCCGAACUUCGCAGAGCUUGGGACAUCCACGCCUGUCGUCGCCAAUCCAAGUUCAGGAACCCGGCCACACGUGUCGCGCCUGCCUUCUGCGAGUCGCUUGUCGGGGGUACAGAGCGACCCGUCUUCCAUUCCAUCGUCGCCUGUGCAAGGCUCGCAGGGGUCUCCGGUCUCACUACUCAAUCCCAAGCCAACCUUCCCCGCAGCAGCAAGCCCCGGUCCAUCGACCACGCGACAAACCGUUCGCCCGGUCUCCGAGCCGACGGUGGUCCCCGAAGUGCCACCUAUAGUGUCUUCCGUCCCACCAUUGGUCCCUUCCAUUCCGCCGCCGGUGGUUGCUUCGAACUCGACACCAACCCCUUCGGAUCGCUCGAGGCCCAUCCCGGAGAAGGCCACGGAACCGUCAGGCAGCGUCUUCACUAACAUCCAGGCGAAACCUCCGAUUGCACCUGCCACACCUAAAGUACCGAGUACUGCCCCUUCCACGUUCGAGAAAUUCGGACAUCUCGUUGUCGUCAUGGAGGACCUGAGAAAGGAGGGGAGCGCGUCUCCGCUCCGCAGCACCGUCGCGCUUCGCCUGCUCCAGGUGUCGCGCGCGAUCUACGCUCAGGCCGGUACGGCAUCGUUCAAGGACUACUCCGCAGCCGCCGAACGCGCUGGUGUCGUCACUAUGGGAGGUACAGGCGGUCAUGCCUGGAUCUCACUCAAUGCGGAGUUUCGUAAUCUUGCGGGCGCCCCAUCUGCUCCCCCAAGUUAA